AUGACCGACCACACUGUCGAGGUUUACGACGAUUACUCUAAGAAAUGGUCAAGAGUACCGCCGAUGCGCAGCAAACGAGUUGGUGCAGCUGCAAUGGUCGUCGGUGAUCAUCUAUACGUCGUGGGUGGUUAUCGUGUCCACCCCGACCAACCACUUGGGUGCGUGGAAGUCUACGACCCGUGGUUGAACCGGUGGAAACGGCUGAAGUCCUCCAUGUGUAUCCCUCGCUUCGGGCACAGUCUCGCUCUUGUUGACGACCGAUACCUGUACGCUAUAGGAGGAGACUCUCAGCGGCAAUUAGUUUCCGAAGUGGAAGUUUUCGACACUCAAAUCGGUCGGUGGCUCCAACAAUCAGAAUUGAAGAUAUGCUUGCCGCGCCCUCUUGCUGGUGGUCGGGUGAUCGAGAAGGACGGUUUGCUAUACAUCGUUGGUGGAGAUGUUGGAUCUUCCCCUCUGCAGUUCUCAGACCUCAUCUACGUCUUGGAUACAACAGUUACUCCUCACGUUUGGUCGGUACUUUCGACUCGACUGAAGGUUGGCCGGUCGGCAUGCGCUGUUACAUGGCUCGACGAGUCUAAAUCCGCUAUCGGAGUGUUUGGUGGUUAUGUGGUGAUCGACGGGGACUUCAAGGAGGUUGCUACUUCAGAAGUGAUAACGUUGGAAGGUACUCAUGUUGUACCUCUCCAUGAAGCACCUAUCCUGGGUCGAGUGAUGCCAGUCGACGCUCAUGCCAAGGAGAUACCCGAGAUGCCAUCCACUAGAGCGGGCUGUCGUGCAGUGACUGUUGGUUGCCGUGUUAUUCUGGUCGGAGGUGAAAACCCUAUCCCUGCCAAUGCCGCGGAGAUCACUGAGAGUGGGAGUGAUUCGGUCUCUAGUCCAGGAUCGGAUCGAUCUACCGAGUCCUCUGACAUCUUGGCGGAGUUCGUCAACAACAGCAACAGCGCUGCAGCUGAUCGCUCCAGUAUAUUUGCUCCACUCGAGGGUAUUUCAGAUGACCCUAUACUCGAUGCUCCGUCAACGCCUAGCCGCUCCCAGGAUUCUCCAACUCGGCCAGCUUCUAUCGACGAAGCGGUAACUAGAGCGAUGCAACGAUACUUCACUCUAGUUCAUAGUACUCGCCCGAACUCUGACAGUGGUACUCAACGUGAGCGGGACGCUGCUGCACAGUUGUUACAGGAGAUCACGAGAGCCCUCCGCGUGCAAGCGGUUCAUGCUAGACGGCUAUCUGAACCUGUGAGGGUUGUCCACGACAAGCCGCUGGUUUUCGAUUCUUCAAAAUGGUGCUGGGUCGACGAGCAAGCGUUGUUCGCUGGGCGGACCGCUGCUGCUAUUUCUGUUGGGUCCGUCUUUCCGGUCAGCUACGGUUGUGAGUCACGUCGUAAUAGCAGUGGACUGAGGCACUCGUGUAAGCGGAGUCGUGUGGAAUGCACUCCCAGUGCAUCUGCGAGGAGAAGGGGGAAGACCGGAUGCAGUCUAUGGGGGUGUCAUCAUUUUGAAGUUUCUUGUGAGCUUAAUAUGACUUCUAAGAGAGUCGAUAAUGGGCAAGUUGCUGCGCCCAUACCUUUGGGAAUGCCCGUUAUAGAAGAAUGCCCUCUCAUGACUGGUGUACGGUUGUCGGGUUCGGAGGUCGUGCAUGUGAUCGUGAACCCGGGGACUCGACUACCUGUUGAUAACAAGCUAUUGAAGUUAACAACUUCUCGUGAUCACCAGAGUGUGGCUACUGUGCGGCUCGUUGUGAGCGGUGGUAGGACUGCAUUGAGUGCCUGUCGAGACUUCAUGAGCCUCACACGAGAGCUUGACACGUCGACCAAUCACUACCAAGGGCUGGUCCAGCUUGACUUGUAUUUGAGCAUCUCAGUGUUUGGAGAAGUUACUGCAGUUCUAGAUGAGUUGACGGAUUUUAGAGGUAUUAAUAACGGAAUAGCCCAAGCCGCCGGCGACGGUGGGUCGAUCUCUGAUCUUCCAUACCAACCCUGCCUCAUCGGAACGGCCUCGUGCUGUUAUGGACGAUCAAGGCAGGAAUCAGUGUCUAGCAGUUUCACAUCUAUAUCGACUGACAAGACUGGCUGUGCAGUAUGGGAAUGUGGUAUCAUUCUCGCCUACUGUCUUUGCCAGGCAUUUUUGCUGCGAGGAAAAUCUAGCGCUCUGAAGUUGCCGAUUGGUCCUGAUACGGAGAACUAUGGUGUCGAGCUGGGCUGUGGCACGGGACUGGUCUCCCUCGCAUUGGCGAGCUUGGGAGCAAAGAUGGUCGCCACGGAUGGCAAUGAUCAGGUCCGUGCACUGUUGGGGGAAAAGGAAGCGGUGCAGUCUGUGAUCCAUGUUCGAGACGACUUGGUCCGCGAGGCGGUCAAUCCAUCUCUGCGGAAUUGUCGUGAAUUGUCAUGGGUUCCUGAGCUCGAUGUUUUGCCUAUCGAGUACUUCGUGUCGAACGACGAGCGACGCCCUCCUGAGCAGCUCCUCCCCGUUAGAAAGAUUGAUAUUCCAAACGGCCCUAGCCUCAGGCUGAAGCAGUCUUUGACGUGGAGUUCCUUUGCUGGGCCGCGUGGGGAUCAUACCGGCCGAGGGCUCUGGGAUGCGUCAAUCAUACUCUCACGCUAUGUGUGGCGAACCAACUAUCUCAACCAUACGAAGGGGCGGCCCAUUCUAGAUUUGGGAUGCGGUACUGGUCUCCUCACACUGACUGCAGCGAAGUGGUGCAUGCAACGAGGUUAUGUCAGUGAGUUACAGCCGCGCAUCAUAGGCAUCGACUGUAACGAGGAGACUGUGGCUCUGGCACGGGAGAAUGCCGUGGUGAACGGCCUCAGCAACAUGCUUGGAGACGGUAGUGUGGAGUUCAUCACGCUGGACUGGUCGAAUAGAGAAGAAUUAGACGCUCUCAUUAGAGACACUGGAACCCCUGGAGUUAUACUGGGUAGCGACAUCGUGUACCCUGGACCAGAGUCUCCCAUUGAGCCAUUGCUUGGAGCAUUAUCGUCCCUGAGGGAUGAUAACACCAGUAUCCUACUAUCAUUCCGCGAGCGUUCUCAUAUAGUGUCGGAGCUGAUGAACGAGGCCAGACUGCUCGGUUGGGAUAUUUCUUGUUUGGAUAGAAUUGAUUUUGAAACUGAUGUGCCUGUUGAUCUUACCAGUGCAUUGCCGCUGGAUGCCCGUGACUUCCGCCUUCUAACGCUUUCGAACCAUUCUAAGAGACCACCAUCGGAAGCCCAGCGAGUUGAGAAGCUCAUAUCUUCAACUUUGGAGGGUGUUGGCUCUGUGAUGAAUGAGACUCUUCUCGUCGGCAAGAUAUUGGCACAAGCAGCGGGUCAAGAGGCUAAUGCAGCUGUUCAUGAUGCUACGGACUCUAUACAGAAGAGGUUUGAAGAGUACCUUUCUUCACCGCGAGCAUUGGAGCAACUAGGUGAGAAACGCAUAGAGCUUAUACGGGAACAAGUGAAGGCCAGUCGGGAAUUGCUGGAAACAGCUGCUGUGUUUCUAAGGAGCACAUCAGAGAGUUCCCUCGAGUCCUCUAUCGAGGUCCUCAACAAGUCGCUCACCUUGAUGGAGGUCCCCAUUGCCAUUCUUGGGCCUCAGGCAAAGCGCGACAGAGAGGCUUGGAGCCAAUCCGACCCGAGGAAGUUGAUACAGUUCAUCCGGCAUAUAUCCCAACAACGGCAGGAGCGACUUUCAGAGUAUGUGGACGCUCUGUUAGCCAGCGGCCAGCUGACGAAGCAUCCUCUAGUUCCGCACGAGUUUGAGAAGAAGCUUUAUCUGGACAUCCUCAGCAUUGUCACUUUCGCUUUCGAGAACGCCAUGGGAAGUCUGGACAAUAUGCAGCUGUGGGGCCAUGCAAUUAAGGUGCGCUCAGUUCAAGAAUCGGAUGUAUUCAUCAACUUGAAGUUAAGUGGCACCUCGAUACAUGGAAGAGAGCAGCUCAGCGUUAUAGUUGAUUCGAUGCUCCGUGAUGAGUUCGUGAACAACCCGCUCAUACCAGAUGCAGUUGAGCGGAGUCUUUAUCUCAACACUGUCAUUCUUAUAUUUCGGAUUCUCGAGGACCUCUCCAACUCGUUGCACGUGUCGGUCAUGGGACACCGUUUGGAAUGGAAACUGAUUCCAUUGGAAAUUGCAGAAGUCUACUGCCAGAAGGCCCCUUCGCAUAUCAAGCUCAACGAGGAGGUUAUUGAUCGCCUUGUCAAGGAGCUGCUCUCAGAUGCGAGCAUUAACGUCUUCUGGAUCCCUGACAUCAUCGAGUCAGCCAUCUAUCGCAAUGUAUUACGGCUCAUGCUGCGGGUAGUGGAAGAACUACUAGGCAGUGACUAUUACAAGUCUCUCGCUCAAGUGCCGACGAAAGAGCUUCAGGAACGCCUCUAUGAGCUGCAGAAUGAGCAUGAGAUGAUUGGCAAG